UGUGCAGAGAUUUUGUUUUUGCUAUUUUGGCUGUGAGUCGGGAAUAUGUGGAUCGAUUGACUUGUUGGUUCGUGUUCGGACCUAUCCUUGUGGCAUUUGUUAUUGGGAUAAUGGUGUUUAUAUAUCUUCUAAAGUCUCCUCAUGACAACUUUGACGACUUAAUAGAGAAAGAUACACUUAAGUCACUGGCCUUGAUUACUUUGGCUUUUAUAUGUUUUACAAUGGAAGAUAUUUCUUUAAAAUUACACCAUAAAAUUAAAGCGGGCGAACCCGUAAACACGGAGACGGCAAGCGAACCCGUAAACACGGAUACGGCAAGCGAAACC